AUGCCCGUUGAACAAGACAUUAUUGGGAAAUGGACGUUUGUGUCGUCGGAAAAUUUCGAGGCUUACAUGAAAGAGGCUGGUGUCGGACUGAUGACCCGCAAGGUUGCAGCGAAUCUGAAGCCAACUUUAGAGUUUGUUCGGGACGGCGACUAUAUCCAGAUGACAUCUGUCUCCACAUUCAAGACAUACGUCACUAAGUUCAAGAUUGGCGAAACCUUCGAUGAGAAGACCGGCGACGGAAGAGAUGUCAGCCAAACCUACACCAUUGAGAAUGAUCGCCUUGUUCUGGACGAGAAGGGCAAAAAUGGAGGUGCCGACUCCCGUGUUGAACGUUACGUGGAAGGCGACAAGCUUUACAUUGUAUGUGAGUGCAAUGGAGUGAAGAGCACGAGAGUCUAUGAACGAGUUAAGGAAUAG